AAGGCAUUGAAGGAUUUGGUCUUCAAUAUGAUGAAGGCCAUUCCUUCCAAAUCUUUGGUUAUUAGAAUCAAUUUAAUUUUCCUUGCCUUCUUCUUUGUCAUCUAUAUCACCCUUCUUGUCUUAGGACCAUCUUCUUCAGGCUAUCUCGAGUAUCCGGCAAACAUUGUUAGGUGCUCAUUGCGUGAGUGCCAUCAGAAGGUUGAAGAUGGUGUAGUAAAGAUGAAGGCCAUCCUAGAAGAGCCAACAUUGCAAGGAAAGAGAAAAAUAGUGAAAAGAGAGAAGCCAAGCUUCUUGAGUGAAAUGGGGAGGGGAAAGAAGAUAGGAAUGGUGAACAUGGACGGAGAAGAUAUGAGUGAAUGGAAAGGAAUUGGGAAAUUUAUAGCGGUCGAUUUUGAACGCGUCUCCAAGUACCUAGAAUGGAAAGAUUUGUUCCCGGAGUGGAUUGAUGAAGAGGAAGAGACCGACAUAUCGACGUGCCCUGAGAUACCCAUGCCGGAUUUCUUGGCCUAUGAGGAAAUGGACAUGGUGUUGGCCAAGUUGCCAUGUGAGUACCCCAAAGAAGGGUGGGGUAGAGAUGCAUUUAGGCUUCAAGUUCAUCUCAUUGCUGCUAAUUUGGCAGUGAAGACAGGGAAAAGGGCUGGUGGGAUAAGAACAAAGAUGGUGUUCUUGAGUCCAUGCAGGCCUAUGAUGGAGCUGUUUAGAUGUGAAGAUAUGGUGAAGAGAGAGGGGGAUUGGUGGUGGUAUGAGCCAGAGAUGGGCAGAUUGGAACACAAGGUCUCAAUGCCUAUUGGGUCUUGCAAAUUGGCAUUGCCACUCUGGGAAGAAGGAAGCAUUGAUGAGGUAUACAAUCAAUCCAAGAUCAUCACAACACAAGCAAACAAAUUGACAAGAAAAGAGGCAUACGUCACUGUUCUUCACUCCUCUGAAGCCUAUGUCUGUGGUGCCAUAACACUUGCCCAAAGCAUCAUUGCAACAGGAACACAGCGUGACCUUGUUAUGUUACUUGACAAAUCUAUCUCUCAACCCAAACGUGAAGCACUCGCUGCUGCUGGAUGGAAAAUUCGUAUGAUCAAACGAAUUCGAAACCCUAAAGCAGAAAAAAAUGCUUACAAUGAAUAUAACUAUAGUAAGUUCCGACUUUGGCAACUCACUGAUUAUGACAAGAUCAUCUUCAUCGAUGCCGACAUCAUAAUUCUUCGAAACAUGGACAUCUUAUUCCAAUUUCCACAAAUGUCAGCAACUGGAAACGAUGCAUCAAUCUUCAAUUCUGGAAUCAUGGCAAUUGAACCAUCAAAAUGCACCUUUAAAGCUUUAAUGGAAUUAAGGAAAGAGAUUGUUUCAUACAAUGGAGGUGAUCAAGGUUUCCUUAAUGAAGUGUUUGUGUGGUGGCAUAGGUGGCCAAGGAGAGUGAAUUACUUGAAGAAUUUUUGGGCAAAUACAACAUUAGAAUCAAGCAUGAAGAAUCAGUUAUUCGCCGCCGAUCCGCCGAAGCUUUAUUCGAUACAUUUCGUUGGAUUAAAACCUUGGCAUUGUUAUAGAGAUUAUGAUUGUAAUUGGGAUAUAGGUGAACAACAUGUCUAUGCUAGUGACAUUGCUAAUCAAAGAUGGUGGAAAUUGCAUGAUACCAUGGAUGAGAGGUUGCAGAAGUUUUGUGCACUCACUUAUCAGAGGAAACUUGAAUUGGAUUGGCAUAGAAAAGUGGCUAGACAGAUGGGUUUACAAGAUGAGCAUUGGAGAAUCAAUAUUACUGAUCCAAGAAGACGAAUUAAGAAAGCAUAAUUUGUAAUGCUCUCGCUUAAUAAUCUA